UAGGGUGCUUGUAUAGUGACAAUGGCAUGUCGGUUAGCCGACCCCUCCACGCUGACCGGCCUCGACGAGCGUCAGUGAAACCCUCCCGUAACGGAGAUAUUAUUCCGGAGAUAUGUCUUCAGCCAGAUACGGACCCUCUCAAAAUGUUCCAGGGUUUAGUGGAUUGUUCCAAGUACCCAAAUACUAAUGUUGCUAGAUUUGACGAGGCAGGGCGUGGGCAGAGCUGCAACAACGCCAACUGUGACUUUGUCAACAAUGUGACAGUCAUCUGUAACAACACUGGUCCUAACGAUAAUGCCGACGACAUCACCUGCAACACCUUGGUAGACGACGAAUCACUCAAUCUCGUUGACGACACAUCCUUCGUCAACGACGACACUCUUGACGACGACUCACUCAUUGACAUGUUUUUUGUCGACAGCUGCUCCUUCGGGGGUGACUGGGAUGACGAAGACGAGGACUCAAUCUUCUGUGAAGAGACGCUGGCUGAUCUUCUUCCUGUGGAAGACGAUGGAACUAGAUCGUACAAUGAGGUGAUGUUUGGGGUUCCUCAACUUGCACUUGGUCAGCAGGAGGGUGACAGUGGGAACGCAAAAGUGAAGGGUUUGUUGGGUGUUUUGUUCAUGUUCCUGCUUGCUAGAGUUUGUUACCAAGCUUGGGUGCUUGCUCAACUCCACGCUUCAGUUCACAACUGGACGACAGAUGACGUUGAGCUAUGGUUGAAGGAUGUGGUGGGACUCCCUCAAUACCUCCCUAUAUUCAGAAAGUUUAAAGUAGACGGCAACAUCUUACCAAGAUUGGCGCUGAAUACUGAUCAUCUGAUCCAAGGGCGGUUUGGAAUAUCAGAUACAAAUCACAAGAACAAAAUCAUCCUCAAAGCAAUGGACCUCGUCCUCUUCGGACCUCCCAAAGUGUUCUAUAAUCCGAUAAAAGAUGCAUUGCUAGCCUUGGCUAUACUGGUAGCUAUAUCUGGAUUGUUCUUCUCUGCCGUUCAGCGGAGAAAGGCGCAAAAUCAGAUAGGUAAGAUGAUAGAAGAGGUUGACAAACUUCAGGUUAACGAGCAGAAGUUCAUCGACAUCCAGACUGAGUUGCAUGAGGCUGAAAAGAAAAACGAAACGGUUGUCAAAGAGAAACAAAGCCUAGAAAAGAAGCUGAAGAUUGAAAUUAAUCAAGCUAAAAACGAAGCUGAGAGGUUGUCAAAAGAACGAGAGCUAACCAAAACAGAAGUAGAACGUCUUAGACUGGCAGAGGAAGAGCUAGAACAGGUUCGACUGGCUUUAUUUAACGCAGAAGCUAAACAAUGUCAGAACUCGUCAGUAAACAGAGAACUACAGUCUUAUCUGAAGACAACUUAUAGAAAAGAAAGGGAGCAGUACAACUUUAAGAAGGCAGCAGCAGACAAGCAGUUGGAAGAAGCAAAGCAAUGGGGCCUGAAGAUGAAAAAGAAACGCGCUGGGGUAGUAAGCUCGCUGAAGAUGAUACACGGGAAUGCUCUGGAAGCUGUUGAAAACAGGAUUUGUAGCGCCCGAACAGCUCUCAUUGAGGCAACUUCUGAUCUUCAAGAACUUUCAUCGCGUUGGCGGAGAAUAGAGAGUCUAUGCAACUUCAACAUUACAGCAUCCGAUGACGCGGAGUUUGGUAGCACAAUCUCGUUAGCAGGAUCGGACAGUAAUUCCUCUCCUGAACCCAGCACAUACGGUAGAUCCAACUCUAAUCCUUCCAAACUGUCCACCUACAACGGAUCACACAAACAAACACAAAGCCUCAAGAACAGGGAAAAACCUAAAUUUUCGUCUUCAAAGAUACACGGUAGCACUCCAAACUUAUCUGUUGAUCUCACUUCCCCAGCUGGAUCAAUCCCAAGAAUUGCCUCCUCUAAUGCUGUCAAGGAUCUAGCCAAGAUGAAAAACAGAGUGAACGGACACAAAGACUCUACUGAUAGCGACGAUUCAAGUCACAUUGAGAAACGAAGAAAGGGUAAGAACCUGUGGAGGUUAGUGAGAGAGAGCAGGCUAAAUUCGGAUCAGAAGUGGCAGGAUCUGCUCCACCAAGCCGACCAAAUUUGAUUCCCCAUCCUCAUACCUUGGCUACCUUGCCUUGUGCUUAGUGUACACCAAACAGCUUGGCAAGAAACCAGGGGCCUUUAAGUUAUUUUCCCUGUUAUAUUAUUUAAAUUUUGCUCUUUGAAAGGGUUAAUCACAGUCAUCUCAUUUUAUUGCGGAAAUCAGCAUCCAGUCCAUUCACCUGCACCCCUAGAUAAUGUAAGAGAAACUUAUAAUUCCUCUGCUUAGUGAUAGGAUAAAUUGUCUGAGAAAAUUGUUCGAUUUCUACAGUAAAAUGUGCGUUUUACCACCGCAUCAAGUACUGCUUUAGUGUGGCCCGGGUUUCGGGAUUUGACGUCAGAUUUUAUGUUGAUAUUAUGUUAUUGUUAAGUUUUGAAAAUAUAUUGAUUGAAUAAGUCUGUUUCGUAGCCUUUGCAGAUUUAGGAGUUACUUUCUUCAAAAGACAUGCUUAUUGCUGAUAGUUGUAGUUUACAGAAGCUGUUUAUGUAUAAGUCAAUUAAUUCAAUUGUUUUUUGGUACAAAGUACGUGAUCGUAUAAAGUUCUUCCCCUGUCUCACUAACCAACUAUAUAUAUAUUUAUAUAUACAUCUAAAUUAGGAAAUUAAAAUGUUCAGUUCAAUGCUUGAUUUAAAAAAGGUCGCAGAUUUGUUUAUGAUGAACGGAACUGAGGAUGUUCAUAAUGAGUUAUUUUUCUCAAUUAUUUAACGCUUAAUCAAGUCGACCAACUAAUAACGACAAGCUCCUUGAUUUGUAUAAUUUGUGAGAUUAUGUACAGAAAUUUAAAUUGAUAUUUGUUGGUUUGUCAAUCUUUAAGAAA